AUGCAAGAACAAUGGCCGAUGUAUGAAGGCUUGUGUAGCUUCCAUAGGAAUUAUCGCAUCUCACACGCGAUGUUGCGUGUGUUGUGGAAGGAACACUACGGGGAUGCCACCGCUUUCAGGGUUGAGGACGAGGGUGAUUUCUGGAUCAUCUUCCGACAGAUCAUUGAGGGCAGCCCAGGAAAUGUGCCGUAUAACACUAUUCUGAAUGCUUUCAAAGAGAAAACACUUUAUGGACUCAAGGUAAUCGAGACCGAGGAGAUGUUUCGUCUGGGGUGCAAGCUCGAUCCUCUUUUCUGUGUGGACAUGAACGGUGACCCCGGUGAUUACCUGCUGCCCUGCUACUGCAUCAUGCAAGACGAUAUCGCGGAGUGUAUCUGGGUGAGGCCAGACAUGCGGAGACAGGGGCUCGGUCGCCUGUUUGUACAGAAGCUCCGGAUCAGGGAGGCAUGGAACCCACUGCCCGAGAGCGUCGGGUUCUGGGAGAGCUGCGGUGUAGAGACUGUUGAGAGUCUUUCUUGA